ACCUGGAAACAGCGCCACAAUUUAUUUGUGAGUUGUUGCGUUCGAGAGAUACAGAUUUGAUAAAAAGAAUUUCAUUGUUUUAUACAGUAUAGUAUAUAAUAUUUGCAUUCAUCGAGGCCUCACACUCAAUUCCAGUAGGUGGCGGAAAUGCACCUUAAGCUGGUUUGCCAACCGCCGUUAAACACGCAAGAAGAAGAAGAAUGCGUUCGUCUUGGAUUUCAAUGUUUAUUGACAACAACUGGUAUUUCUCCGUUUUCUGGCACGCUAAACGAGUUCAAUUAUUAACUCACGAGUCGUUACACGCUGCUUGGCGCGGUUAUAGCCGCUCGAAGGGCUGGAAGGACGGUUUUAACACAUUUGUGGUCCGUGUUCACGCUCACACACAGCUGGACUUGCAGUGUUUCGAUUAAAAACACGACGAAGGCAUGAGUGAAGCGUUCAAACAGCCUAAAGGAUGAAUCGUGUACAAGUGGAUUUUAAAGGGAUGCCCGCCCACAUCUUGGAGAACAGUGUUAGAGCAGAAAACCUCAGGUCGUCGGACAAUAUUCUUACUCCACUGACAUUCCCAAAAUCUAAAGUCUCUCUGUGGGAUCCAACUCCCAGUGGUGAUGUUGUCAGUCUGCAUUUCUCAUAUUACAGGAAUCCGAGACUGUUACUUGUAGAAAAAGCAUUACGUUUAGCUCACCGGCAUGCUAGACAGACCAACAAUCCUCGGUAUUUCUGUUUCCUGCUCGGGAGACUGGCAGUAGACGGUGAUGAGGAAGGUGUGAUAAUAACCCUGGAUCGUUUUGAUCCGGGCAGAGAGCAGACGGGAUUACCUGGGAAAACACCAACUGCCCUGCUCCCCGGAGACAUCCUUGUGCCAUGUGUAUUUGAAGCCCAGCAGGCUACUGGCAGCACAGUGCACUCGAGGGAGGAUUUGAACAUCUCAUUUAAGAUGCUUCAACAUUCCUGCUGCAGUAAAGAGAUGCUGGAGUUGUCCAAACUCCUCACCUUGCGAGCUCGUCUCAGCUGCUCCGAGAACAUGGACAGACUCACCUUUGACCUUUCUUGGGCGGCUGUCACUUUGGCCUGCACGCUAGAUGUCGUCCCUGUCCGGGCAGUGCCCAUCAUCCCAACUGCACUGGUCAGGAACCUCAGCAGCCCUGCAGGUGUGACCCAAAACAGCAGGAAACGAGGGUUUCUUACCAUGGAUCAGACCAGGAAACUUCUCCUCAUACUUGAAUCUGAUCCCAAGGCUUACACUCUCCCGCUAGUAGGAAUAUGGUUGAGUGGUGUUACACACAUCCAUAAUCCCCUUGUGUGGGCGUGGUGUCUGAGGUACCUGCACAGCUCCGCCCUCCAAGACAAAGUGAUGUCAGAGGGCGGCACUUUUCUGGUGGUUCUGUAUUCCCUGACUCACCGGGAUCCUGAGUUCUACCAGUGUAAGCCAUGUGUCGGACAACAACAAAUGAGCUUUCAGCUGCUCACCAGCACAGAGUCAUUCACGCUUUACAAGAAUGUAGAGCCUUCCGAAGGACGGCCUUUACAAUUUGAGCUCAGUGCUGAGAACCAAAAUCAGGAAACUGUGCUGUUUGAGGAAGUUCUCUCCCAGACUGUGUUAACAGGGACAACACUUGCAGCAUCUUCAGCUGCUCCACAGAAGAAACUGUCUAUCAGUGAUCAUGACUCAGGUGUAGAAGAUGAAGACCUCUCUCCUCGGCCGUCCCCAAACCCUCAUCCUGUCAGUCAGCAGACUAGACGCAUUCAUCCUUCAGUACCAGAACUCUCUAUGGUAUUAGAUGGCAGCUUUUUGGAUGGGAGUGUGGCUAAUACACAAGACACGACUCCUGUCUCUCAUAGCCUUUCGAAUGUCCAGCGGAGAAGCAUUAGCCCUGCGCACCAGGGCCUCGCUGUGUUGAGACCUCCAGAACAAGGUAGCAUCUCUGGACCUCCUCUAAUCCGAAGACCACUAACUCCCAUCCUAUCUCAGGCGAAAAUCAAACUACAUCCUAAUCCGGGACAACAGACACCACAACCCAAUGUGAAUCGGAAGUCACUGCCCUCAAUGCGAAGAUCAAGAGAAGGCUCAUCAGCAUCAUCUGCAUCAUCAUCUUCAUCAUCUUCCUCAAACAAGAAUGCUGCUUCACCCAAUGGCUCUUUUCAUAAACAAAAGCAGCGUUAUUCGCAAGGUUUCCCAACCAAACCCCAGCCGAUUUAUUCUGGACCCCCAACAUCAGCUCACACUAGUACCAGAAAGAGUUCAGCAAUGCCUAGCCAGACCCCUAUUCAUCAUCCGUCCCAACACAGGCUCUUCCAUAGCACCCCAGCGGCCAACCCUUGCAGCUGCUGCACCAACCAACCCAGCCAUGUCCCCUUUUAUCAAAACAACACCUGGCAAGGGACACCAACAUAUCCCACUGUGGCGCACAAUCCUUGUGGUUUUCAUUGCACACUUGAGAGUGUCCCACCUAGGGAUCACUGCCUCUCGCCAUCUCGGCAGACUUUGGGUUGUUGCAAAUCUCCGACUAAAAGUCCUGUUUGCCAUCCCGCUGUUCCAGUUCACUACUCUCCAUCACCUGGUCCAUGUGUCCCCACAGUCAACCCCAACAAAGGUUCUGUUGAGCAAGUCCCGCCCUGUCAAGCCCAGUGCUGCCAAGUCCAGUCUAGCCAGGGCGCAUGUUUGGACACACCCAUGGGUCUUCUUCCUGCCGAUGCCUACAAGAUGCUUAUGGAUCAAGAGCGUCAGUUGAAGCUACUUCAACUCCAGAUUCAGAAACUUCUUGAGUCUCAAAGCAAAACACCUCCGGUAUCAUCUGCAGAACGUGACACUCAGCAGGAAAGAGACAAUCAGACGCCCACAUCUCCACCGAAACCAACAAGUGUCAGUGUUGCUGUAGGAACAGGGGGUAGCUUGUUUUGGAACACCCCUCGGGAGUCUUCCACACAUGAGGCCCCAAGUCUGGAUUGGCAAACUGAGAUGGAGCCAAAGUCUGGAUGUCAAAAUGACAGUAUAGUCACUUCCAGACUUGGAUCCGAAAAUGGAUCUCGUUACACCGAAGAUCAGAAUACAGGAUCUACUCUACAUCCAACAUCUCCAAAACCCAACAUGUCAUCUGGUUUCGGCGCCCAUUUGUUUCAGAGUCCAGUGUUGGGAGAGAGUGCUAGCAUGUAUUACAACUCUCCAUCACGGAGUAACGAUCUCCCUGAAAACCGAGAAAUGGACAACCCAAGAUUUUACAAAGAACUACUGGGUCAGCUGCAAAGUCGUCUGCAAGACUCUGCAAUUAUGGAUGAAAAGGUGGAGCAAGACCAACAGAGUGUCCCAAACAGACAAAGUCUGUCCCCUGUAGGCCAUCAGUCAAAGAAAUCACCAACAUCUUCCAUACCCCAAACUCAAAAAAUUAAGCACAGAUUCAGUCCACCAGAUCAGGACCGUGUCUUAAGUGCAACAUUAAGACAGCUCCAACAGUUUGGGGUGAACAUAGACUUAGACUCUGAGCAGGGAAAGACGACACGUGCAACUGUGGAAAGUGCCAGUACCCUUGCCUGCAUUAACCCAGAAGCAGUGAUUCCAAGACUUGCUCUUUCUGAACCAGUGGGGACCAGCAUUUGGGGACCAAGCGGCAGUGUAGACCUUAGUCUUGAAGCCAAUGCCAUUGCACUUAAGUACUUAACCGAUUCGCAACUGUCAAGACUCUCAUUGGGCGGUCAAUCCUCCGUUCCACGUCCAGACCCCAGCGCGAUUCUCCUGAGAAGACCCGCUGCAGAAAAGAGCGGCGUUGGACUCAGUAUACUGUCCCCCACCAAUAUGUCUCUAGCUACCUGUAAGUACAUGAAGAAAUACGGACUGAUUGAAGGAGAAAACAGCAGUGAGGAAGAGCAAGAGGAUGCCGUCCUGGUAGACUCAGCUCUCGGGUGUUCGGUACAGAACGAAACGUCCAAAAAUGUGAGCGUUAGGCAACACCGGGAAGACCAAAGCACUGCCGUUCUCAAAAACAUGUCAAACAAGCCAGUUGCCAAUCCUCACAUAUCUCCCAUCGACUCUCAAGAGCAGUUAAUCCAAUACUUGCGGCCCAAAAUGCAGCUGCUUAUGUGUGGCGGGACAAACCCAGAGGAGGAGAAUGAUGCAAAGAAACAUCUGACUCAGCGUAGGUCUUCGCUUACUGAAAACCAGAGGAUGCAGGAAGUGAGGGAGCCCGAGGGGUCGGUGGGAAAUUUCCUGGAUCUGAGUAGGUUACGCCAGCUCCCCAAGCUCUUCUAAAACGCGUCAUGGGGGAUUUGCAAACAGAUCCCUUUGACACAAAAACUCACCAAGGAGUGUUUUGUUUUAAACCAAUUCUCAAAGAUUUGUCUUCCAUUUCUUUACGUGGUAUAACAUGAUUUUGUUUUUAAAAGUGUACAGACUCUUUUAAGUGAAACCUUUUGAGUAUGUUUUAUUGUCUGGAACGUCUCGUCCUGUCACCUUAAUGUUAUUUCCUUUCACGCGGAGGCUUAAAAGUUUUUACAUGCUUACCUGAUGAAUCCUUAUGUGUCAUGUACAGAGUAAAGUGCCUUGUAUGAAGUGACUCGCUUAAGGCAGUGUUGUUUUAAUGUUACAAAUUUGAACUCUUUCACAAUUUUGUCUUACGGCAUUACUUGAAUUUUCCCUCGAAUUGGCACAAACCGUUUCAGAGGGAGAGCUACUGCUUGAGUUUUCAUCCUUCUGUAUGUUUUUAAAUGUCUUCAUGUAUGUGUCGCGCAAUUAAAUGACAUUCUUUUA